CUCCGGCCGCCAUCUUCCCCGCUCGCUCAGUCGAUCAUUAUACGGGAUACCUGAUCUUCCCAAACCCUCGGCACUUCUACAACUCCUUCCAGCACACAAUGGCCGCACCAGAGCGCCCAUCGCCCGCUGAGCUGAAGAGUCUUGAGGAGACGCUCCUCAAUACCUCUGGCGAGGUGCUCCUUCACAAUCGGUUCCGUGCCCUCUUCACUCUGAAGGCGCUCAAGAGCCAGAAGGCAAUUGACAUAAUUUCGAAGGGCUUCGCGGACGACUCUGCCCUCCUCAAGCAUGAGCUCGCAUAUUGCCUCGGGCAGAUCAAGAGUCCCAAAGCACUCCCCGUUCUCGAAGCCGUUCUCCGGGACAAGAAUCAGGAUCCAAUGGUCCGCCAUGAAGCCGCAGAGGCGAUGGGCGCGAUCUCUGCUUCCGCAAGUCUUCCCGUAUUGAGGGAGUUCCUCAAGGACGAGAACCGAGCAGUACGCGAGACAUGCGAGAUCGCGAUCGCUCGCAUAGAGUGGGACGCGUCUGAGGAGGGUCGCAAGGCCCAGCAGGCGCAGAAGGACCCGGAGGAAAUUCCAAUGUACAUGUCCAUCGACCCCGCGCCACCCACGUCCGGCUUACUGCGCGGCCCGCCAAAACCAGAGGACGUAUCCGAGUCUAAUAUCGCCAAACUCCGCGCCCAGCUACUCGACAAGAACCUCUCCCUUUUCGAGCGCUACCGCGCCAUGUUUGCGCUACGAAAUAUCGGCACGGCGCCUGCUGUCGACGCGCUCGCCGAUGGGUUGAACGAUGAUAGUGCGCUGUUCAAACACGAAAUCGCCUUCGUCUUCGGCCAACUCCUCUCCCCCCACUCCGUCCCCGCGCUCCUCAAAGUCCUCACCGACCCCUCCGAGUCCGAGAUGGUCCGGCACGAGGCCGCGGAGGCACUCGGCGGGAUCGCGACACCGGAGGUGCUCCCGCAUCUCAAGGAGUGGAUGAAGCGGGAGGACUGUCCGCGGGUGGUGCGCGAGAGCUGCCAGGUGGCGAUCGAUAUGUGGGAGUACGAGAACUCGAACGAGUUCCAGUACGCAGAUGGCCUUGGUGGGGGCUCUGUCGAGUCCUUCGGGACUGUUGGCGCAUGACGGGAAUAUGUGGGUGGCACACACCGCGCCGUUCCAAAUAAAAUGUACACCAUCAUUGCGUGCACUGCAGCUCUCUGCAAUGGCAUGCCCUAUUGUAUAACUAUUCUGUAGACUAUCUACUCCGCUCUGUACUAUCAGGCAUUGAGGACCAGUCUCAUGUCCAGUGUACACCAUUACGCCAAAAUUGGUAUUUUAUGGUCAUCACAACAAAAGCCAUCAUUUCCGUCUUGCCUUUGACAGACGUUCGGGGUCACAACAAUGCGU